GUUUCAGUCACAGCCCGAGAUGAUGUCCCCUUCUUUGGACCCCCUCUGCCAAAUCCAGCCAUAUUUAGAAAGAGUGCGGAGUUUCGUGAAUUCCUGUUAGUCAAGCUCAUCAAUGCUGAGUACAGCUGCUAUCGAGCUGAGAAAUUUGCUAAAUUAGAGGAAAGAACCCGGAGCGCCCUUUUGGAGAGCCUUUUUGAGGAGCUGCAGCUUCGUAGCCGCUGUAUGAUGGGAUUACCUAUAGGAGAAGAUGACAAGAUAGAGAAUGGCAGUGGGGGCUUCCUUGAGAAUUUUAAGCGGGUGAUCAGAGGCCGCAGCCAGAGCCUGGAUACCAUGGGGAUAUCCAUGAGAAAGCAGCAGCCAGCCACCCUGUCCAGCCGCCCAACUACAGCUGGCCUUGCCCUCAGCCAGAGUGUCGCCGAGGGUCCUAAGGCCAUUGCUGCGUCUUUUGCCUUGCCUGGUAGGAGCCCAUCACGUACUCGAGCCAGCCGCUUCCAUGGGCGACGGAGUAGUGCCAUUGGCAUUGAGAACAUACAGGAGGAGAAGAGCAGAGAUGCUGCAGAGAGGAUACAGAAGGUGCUGGACAAUCCAGGAACUUUCUUUGACCUGAAGUCUGAUGGAUCAUCCAGUCCCAGCUCCCCAGAGUUCCCCAGCAGGAAGAGCAAAAUGCUCAGGAGUCAGACUUCAGGAUACUGUGUGAUGCAGCCAUUCUCACGUUCUUCAUCCAGUGGAAGCAGUUGUUGUAGUGGUUUGAGGGAAAAUGAAACAUCUGAGGAAGAGGAGAAUGACAGGGAGGUGACGUGCUCUCUUAAGGGCCCUCCAAAACAGGAUUCAAUGGUUCAGAGUAUGUGGCUGGAUGACAGUGACUGCACACCCAGUACUUCCAGCUCACCAGGAAGCAGGUUGCUUCCUUCCAGCAGUGUUGCUGGCUCCACUGGAAAAGGAAAAGGCAGCAAAGCAGAUGCUCAGCACCAUAAUCCAGCCUCCAUUCUGUGCUGCGUGUGA